CAGAGAGGAGAGACAUCACUGCCUCUUCCUCUCUCCCCCCACCAAAAAACCCUCCUUACCAUCCUCAGUUUUUCUCUUGUUUUGGUCCUCACCCAAACGCAACCAUAAGGUUCCUACCGCAUCCUCCGCCUCCUUCUUCCCUCUCCUUCCGCUCGAGUAUAUCCCGUUUUUUCGGUUUGGUUUGGUCCCGAAAAUUUUCAAAUAUUUACUUCCUGUACAUCAAGAGGAAAGGGGGUCCCCCUUUCAUGGAAUGCGGAAACAUGGGUCUGUUCGACCGCGGAGUCCAGAUGCUGCUGACCACGGUGGGAGCCUUCGCGGCCUUCAGCCUCAUGACCAUCGCGGUCGGCACGGACUACUGGCUGUACUCGCGCGGCGUCUGCAAGACCAAGUCCAUGAGCGAGAACGAGACCAGCAAGAAGAACGAGGAGGUGAUGACCCACUCGGGCCUGUGGAGGACAUGCUGCUUGGAAGGAAACUUCAAAGGGAUGUGUAAACAGAUAGACCACUUUCCUGAGGAAACAGAUUAUGAAGCGGACCCAUCUGAGUACUUCUUACGUGCGGUGCGAGCCUCGAGCAUCUUCCCCAUCCUCAGCGUCAUCCUGCUCUUCAUGGGAGGCCUGUGUAUAGCUGCCAGUGAGUUCUACAAGUCACGCCACAACAUCAUCCUCAGCGCAGGGAUCUUCUUUGUGUCUGCAGGCCUGAGCAACAUCAUCGGGAUCAUCGUGUACAUAUCAGCCAACGCAGGGGACCCUUCAAAAAGCGACUCGAAGAAGAACAGCUACUCGUACGGCUGGUCCUUCUACUUCGGUGCCCUCUCCUUCAUCAUGGCUGAGAUGGUGGGCGUCUUGGCCGUGCACAUGUUCAUCGACCGUCAUCGACAGCUCCGAAUAGGGGCGCGCGCAGCCGACUACCUCCAAGGCUCGGCCAUAACGCGGAUCCCCAGCUACCGCUACCGCUACAGACGCCGCUCGCGCUCCUCCUCCCGCUCCACAGACCCAUCACACUCCCGUGACGCCUCGCCGGUGGGCCUCAAGGGCUUCAGCGCGCUGCCAUCCACAGAGAUCUCCAUGUACACGCUGCCCCGGGACACCCUCAAGUCCUCCGGCACGCCCACCGCCACCUACAACUCUGAGAGGGACCACAACUUCCUGCAAGUCCACAACUGCAUCCAGAAGGACCUGAAAGACUCGAGCCACACCAACACAGCGAACCGCCGCACCACGCCGGUAUGAGGGAGUCGACACAGGCCAGGCUGGUCCGGUGGAGAGCGGAGACCAGGAGACACGGGAACCCCUGUGGGUGCGGUACGCCCCUGGUGAAGAUGGAUUUCCAUGUUUAUAGACAUUUGUUCUUUUUGUUCAGCUGCAUGACUUUUCCAUUACCAUUGUUGAGAGAGUUUCAACAAGUCUGCUGUGUUCCUGGAUUGAAUGGCAGAAGAGUGAGAAUGGGUCAGGUUGUACCGAGAGAGUGAGGUCUGUCAUUACGAGGUUUGUGAGG